GCGGUCACGUGGCGGCUGCCGGCCCGCCAAGAUGGCGGCCUCCUGCGUGGCCCUGCUGGCGGUGGCUGCGUCGCUGCUGCUGCUGCUGCUGGUCUCGUGGAAGCGCUGGCGGCAGGGGCGCGGGAAGUGGCACGUGAUCAUCGUGGUGUUGGGGGACUUGGGCCGCAGCCCCCGCAUGCAGUACCACGCGCUGUCGUUUGUCAAGAGCGGCUUCUCCGUGACCCUUCUGGGCUUCUGCAACUCCAGACCCUAUGAUGAGCUCUUGCAGAACAACAGAAUUCAGAUUGUGAGUUUGACAGAACUUCAGAAACUUCCAGUUGGGCCCUACAUUUUCCAAUAUGGAGUCAAAGUUGUAUUUCAGUCCGUGCACUUGCUGUGGAAGUUGAUAUGCAGGGAGCCAGCAGCCUACAUCUUUCUCCAGAACCCCCCGGGCCUGCCUGCCAUUGCUGUCUGCUGGCUUGUGGGUUGCCUCUGUGGGAGCAAGCUCAUCAUCGACUGGCACAACUAUGGCUACUCCAUUAUGGGUCUAGUGCAUGGCCCCAGCCACUGCCUUGUCGUGCUGGCUAAAUGGUACGAGAAACUCAGCGGGCGCCUGUCCCACCUGAACUUGUGCGUGACCAACUCGAUGCGGGAAGAUCUGGCAGAGAACUGGGGCAUCAAAGCUGUGACCGUCUAUGACAAGCCAGCAUCUUUCUUUAAAGAGAUACCCUUGGACCUGCAACACCAGCUGUUUAUGAAGCUGGGCUGCACCUACUCUGCAUUUAAGGCCCGCUCAGAACCCCUGGACCCAGCAACAGAGAGGUCGGCCUUCACAGAGCGGGAUGCUCAGAGUGGAGUGGUGACGCAUCUUCAUGGGCGGCCAGCCCUGUUGGUCAGCAGCACCAGCUGGACAGAGGAUGAAGACUUCUCCAUCUUGCUGGCAGCAUUAGAAAAGUUUGAACAGCUGAUCCUAGAUGGAGAGAGCCUUCCUUCUCUGGUCUGUGUGAUAACAGGCAAAGGGCCUCUGAAAGAGUAUUACAGCGGCCUCAUCAGCCAGAAGCGUUUCCAGCACAUCCAGGUCUGUACUCCGUGGCUGGAGGCUGAGGACUACCCCCUGCUUCUAGGGUCGGCAGACCUGGGUGUGUGCCUGCACAAGUCCUCCAGCGGCCUGGACCUGCCCAUGAAGGUGGUGGACAUGUUCGGGUGCUGUCUGCCUGUGUGCGCCGUGAACUUCCGGUGCUUACACGAGCUCGUGAAACAUGAGGAAAACGGCCUGGUCUUCGAGGACUCCGAGGAGCUGGCAGCUCAGCUGCAGAUGCUUUUUUCAAAGUUUCCUGAUCCUGCUGGCAAACUAAACCAGUUCCGGAAGAACCUCCGGGAGUCAGAGCAGCUUCCUUGGGAUGAGAGCUGGAAGCAGAUGGUGCUGCCUUUGGUUAUGGACACGUGACCCCUUGAGCCAAAGACUGAGUGCUCCUGAGCAUGUCCCGGUUCCUCUUAGCCCUGGGCAAACGCUUUAGAACAGUGCCUCCCCGUGGACAGCAGCUGGAAGGACAACUGUGGAAUGAUAUUUUUUAAUGACCUAGUUUGUGGCCCAGGAAACUGGUUCAGCCUGGUUUCCUCCCUGGAGGCUCUGAAUCUUAGACUCUUCUGACCUGAAUGUUUCCUUCUCCCCACUAUAUUACCUUCUUGUUAUUUGCUUGUGGUAUCUUCAAUAUCUCUUUGACCUGCUUUUGUCUUACGGUGUCUGCCUUUCCCAGCAUCUGCCCCAUUGUGUGUCUGAUAUUUUCAUUCCUGCCUUGAGGACAGGUCCUGCAGCCUGCUGCAUUGUAACGUGUACAACGGGCUUGGCUUCCUGAGGGAUGUGGGUACAGGCUCGGGGGUGGGGUGGGGAAACAUACUUAAUACAUGUUUUUAUUUUCACAAAUGAAAUGCUUAUUUCUGAGCCAAAAUUUUCAUUUAUGAUUUAUAGAGAUUUACUUAAGAACCAGAACUAGUGACAGAAAGGGGCACCCACUUGAAUAGUUUAUAUUUUAUUAGAACACAGUUUGCAGUUCCUGAUUCUGAAUUUAACAUUCUUCAAGCAUUCAGGUCCAGUGAAAAUUUUAUUUUUUGCUACAUGAAAAUUCUUUCCAGGAUGGUGAUUUAAUUUUUAUGUUAAUCUUUAAAAACGUUUGUAAACCUACAGAAUUAGUUUCAAAAUUGCCAUGUCUAAGUGCUCUUCAUAGGGAAACAGCUUCUGGUUGUGAUGAGGCACUGCUUCCCAUGGGAUCCCAGUCUGGCCUGGAAAUACAACAUAUGUGUCUCAGGAUGGUAGGGUUUGGGGACACGACACCAACCUUAUAGUGUGGGGCUGCAGGACAGGCUGGAGGGUAUAUACAGACCACAGACUUCUAGACCCCAUCCACACACGUAGAAUCAGCGUUCAGGGAUGGGACCAAGAAUUGAGUUUUUAAAUGGCCCAUGGCAGCCAGGUUUGCUGCCCCUGCCUUCUGGGCCCUGGAAGGUCACAGACCUGGCUGGGUUUCCUGACUACUCAGCCUGGCGCCUCUUGGCAAAGGCUGGACAUACAUCAGAAGGGCUUACAUUGUUUUUGUAAGCACAGCUGUUUGAAGAGCCCUUGGCAAGGAGCAUUUUGUUACCAGUUUUUUAUGAAUGAAAAUAAUUACAAAAAUGAAAUAUUAAAAGUAUUGAAGUGUUGGGGUUCUUGGCUGGCUCAGUCGGUGGAACAUGCGACUCUUGAUCUUGGGUUCAUGAGUUCAAGUCCCACAUUGGGCCUAGAGCUUACUUAAAAAAAAAAUAUACACACGUGUGUGUGUAUGUGUGCCUAUAAUCCUGCCACCAAGUACAACAACUGCUAAUUGGUUAUGUUCUUUCAGAUUUUUCCCUGUAUGCAUGUUAACAUGAAGACGAUUAUUUUUAAAAAUACAAAUAGGCUUGGGGUCCCUGGGUAGCUCAGUUGGUUAAGCAUCCAUCUGUUGAUUUCAGCUCAGGUCAUGAUCUCAGGGUUAUGAGAUCGAGCCCCAUGUUGGG